AUUGCAUGGGUACUAUUUAAAAAGAAGUAACAGUGCUAUAGAGAAGAUUUAAUUUACAAUUUGAAAGCUUUAUAUAAAACGUAAGAGUACGGAACAUGUGUUGCUCUGUGAUUCUCAUUAACGUUCAUGGAAAACGCGGGAAUAUUACAAAAACAAAAACAAAACAAGAAAAAGAAGAGGAGUAAAGAAAACAAAAAAGAAGAAAAAAAAGGAAUAUCCAUAUCUGACCGAUGUAACAGAUAUGAUGAUCAGUAGAGGUAAGUUUAACCUAUAAACAGAGAACGCAUUGAAAUUUGAGAACUCAAAAUCCGUGCUUUACUCGCUUAUAAAUCUACUCUCGACAUCGCGUACCUCCAAAAUCGAUCGACGGCCGACGUCUCUCUGUACGUCCGAGAGGGAUGCAAGAUAAAACCGCACUACCACGAGGAAACCACCACUACGCUUACUACCAUCAUAGCCCUCAUCGCUAUUGCCACCACUACCAGUAUCAUUUCCAUUACACCACUACCAGCAUCACUACCACUGCGCCAUUAUUAUCAAUGUUGGCUCGGCGUAGAUAGUAGGUAGCAGACACCACCACCACCAACACCACCACCAUCACCAUUACCAUCACCUUCAGUACCACCACCACCACCACCACUACUACCACUACCACCUCCACUAGCACCACCAACACCACCACCAUCGCCAAUGUCACUACCACUACCAUCAGCAGUUUACCGCGCGAAAUCUCCGCGAACAAAUCAACGGAGUUUGGACCACCGCGUUCUCGAGAGUAACGAAAGAAAGAGAUAGAAGAGGAAGAGUGAAGGAAAGGGUAGGGAAGGGAAAGGGAAAAGGGAAGGCAUGGGAGGAGAGAGUAAUAGGAAAUAGAAGGAGAAAAGGUAGAAGUGUGGUGGACACGUUAUAUACCGGUCGUUUGGUUACCGCUUUGGUCGACGACGCGGAAGAAGAAUAGUAAGCGGCAGUAAGAGAAAGAGAAACGAAGAAGAAGAAGGAGAAGAAAAGGAAGAAGGUAAAGAAGAAAGAAGAAAGAGAGAAAGAGGAAAAGAAGAAAAAGGAGGAGGAGAAGGAGGAUAAAAGUACUGACAGAGUAGGAUGGUUCCUAAAAGAAGAUAAUUGUGAUAUAUUGUCGAGAAAAGAAGAGAUUAUUGUUAUAAAGAAGAGAAGGAUAAACUUUGUGAAAUUGAUAAUAAAGAAGAAGAAGAAGAGAGAGAGAGAGAGAGAGAGAGAGAGAGAAAAGAAAAGAUUAAGAAAAAGAAAAAGAUUAAAAAGGAAUCCGAUUUAAAAGGACUAAGUGUGUGACAUAGACUCGCUAAGAAGAAGGACUACCCGAUGAGAGCAACGUUUGAAAGAUAGGAUAUUCUUUUUGGUGUGUGCAUGCGUGCGUGCGUGCGUGCGUGCGUGGCCGUGUGUUUGUGUCUGUGUUAGAUCAUUAAUGAUAAUAGAAUUGAGACGUUUAACUUGAUCAGGCUAAAACACGAUAGCAAAAUGGCGCUUGUCGUCGCGAAUAUUUUCCGUUGUAUUCUUUCGUUAACGAUCUCGCGAUAAAAUAUAACCAUUUAUCUAUCUAUCUAUCUAUCUAUCUAUCUAUCUAUCGGUGCUCCAAAUUGAAUUCUAACAAUCUUCACGAGUCGUCUGAGAAACGAUUUAUUGAAAUCGAACGUUCGUUCGUUCGUUCAUUCAUUCGUUCGUUGGAAAGCGAAAGGAUCAAUUUAAAUCGUCGAUCAUUGGGAUCAUCGAAACUUUUUUAACGAUACUUAAAGCACAAAAGAUAGAAGAAAAAUUGAGAGUAAGAAUUACGGAGGCAAGAAAAACAAACGUGGGAGAGGAAGAGGAAGAAGAGGAAGAAGAGAAAAAAGUGGGAGAAAUAGAAGAUUAGAAAAAGUACGGCCGGUGGUUUUAAAAGCCUUCAAGAUUGCUCGAAAACCGUCGCGCGAUUCGCGCAGAGUUGGACGAACCGCGGAAAUACGGGGUGCGUGGGCAGCUAUGCAAAGGGCGGUCGCUGGCGGAGGGCCCGGGCCCUUAGGUCUUCAGGGCCCUCCAAGGUCAGUCAAAAUAUCACCAGUGAACAUUCAGGACGAACCCGGUGACCCGACCUCGCAAAAAGGACGUAGCUCGCAUUGCGUCGGCUGCGGUGGACGAAUUCACGACCAGUGGAUAUUGAGGGUGGCGCCUAAUCUCGAGUGGCAUGCUGCCUGUUUGAAGUGUGCCGAGUGUCAGCAAUUUUUGGACGAACAUUGCACCUGCUUCGUUCGCGACGGGAAGACGUACUGCAAAGGAGAUUACGUCAGACUGUUCGGGACGAAGUGCGACAAGUGCAGUCAGUGUUUCAGCAAGAACGAAUACGUGAUGAGGGCAAAGACCAAGAUCUAUCACGUGAAUUGUUUUCGUUGUUCGGCUUGCAUGAGGAAGCUUUUACCGGGCGAUGAAUUCGCCCUGAGACAGGACGGAUUAUUUUGUUUGCACGAUCACGAAAUAGUUGAAAGUGGAAAAUUUU